AACCUGUUCAAACUUCAAACAAGCCUACAUUCAAAGCAUCUAGUUGACUAUUCUCUUCUUGUACAUAUAUUAUAUAUACACACACUCACUCACACCAUGAUCUUCAGCUUUCAUUAAAGCUUCAAUAUUUUUCAGUUUUCAGAAUACACACACACUCUUCUCCCCAAAAACGAUUCAAACUCAACAAAAUCCAACCAUGAAUCUUUCAUCCUCAGCCUUAUCAUCAUCUUCAGUUCUUCCACUGUCAAACAAACGGCUAUUAUUAUCAUCAAGGCCAGCGAGGGUUUCUGUGAUUUCAUGUUCUUCUAAUUCAAGUACCACCGUGAACAUAGGCGGCAAAACCAGCUGCAACUUCUACAAGCUUCUUUCUCUGAGCUCCGAGGCGGCAACCAUGACCGAGAUCAAGCAGGCUUACAAGUCCAUGGCGCUCCGGUACCACCCCGACGUGUGCCGGGACGCCGCCGCAAAGGAGGAGUGGACGAGGGUGUUCGUUCAGCUCAAUGCUGCGUAUGAGACGCUGUCGAACCCACAGCUCCGUGAAGAGUAUGACUACAAGGUUCUAGGAUUGAGGAGGGCGGCGGCGGCGGCGACGAGUCUUGAGAUCAGUGAUGAAAUCAGGUCGAGAAAGAGUCGGUGUGAGGAACAGAAGAGAAGGUCUAACAGAAGUUCCUUGAGAACUCAGAGAAUGAAACAUCGCAAUUGAUUCAUUUCUUACCACAGAUUUUUAUUUUUUUAAUCGCAGA